AUGAACUGGGUGGUUGACCCGAACACGGGCGAAUACAAGAGCACGACGCUGUCGUCGACGCCGACAGGCAUUCCUUCGGACCCGGCGCUGGCCAGCUACGGCGAGCAGCAGGCGGCGCAGUUGGCGGACAAGAUCCUCACACUCGACCCGCCCGUCGACGUCAUAUACUCGAGCCCCUUCUACCGCUGCUUGCAGACGCUCAAGCCCGCGGCUGCGCAAUUGUUUGCACCCGAAGGCAGGCUCAGCGGCAAGAAGAUCCGCGUCGAAAACGGCCUUGGUGAAUUCUACGGCCUCGCCCGCUUCGACCACCCGUCGCCCGCGCCGCUCGCGGAGCUGCAGACGCACUUCCCCUCGCAGCUCGACGGCGCCUACGCCCCCGUCCUCGUCCCCUCGACCAACGGCGAGUCCAUCCCCGACCUGCACGACCGCAUCGCCUACACCCUCUCGCGCGUCGUCGCCGCCCUCGACGCCGCGCCCGACGGCCCCCGCGCCCUGCUCAUCUGCACCCACGCCGCCAGCAUGAUCGCCAUCGGCCGCGCGCUGACGGGCCGCAUGCCGCCCGACGAGGGCGAGGAGGACUUCAAGUGCUUCACCUGCGCGCUGACGCGCUUCGACCGCCGCCGCCGCGGGACGGAUGUGCUGCCCGCGGAUGGGGGGGAGGAGGAGGAGGCGGGCGAGUGGAGCAGGGAGCGUCCGCACGAUAUCCCGCGCGUCAACUGGAGGGAGGGCCGGGGCGUGCGCGGUGGGUGGGACUGCGUCGUCAAUGGCGAUUGUAGCUUCUUGACCAACGGCGAGGAGAGAGGAUGGAAAUUCUCGGGCGAUGAGGCCUUCUUGACGGAUCCCAAUGCAUUCAACGAUAAGCUGAACACUGGCGAGCCGAUUCCGUCGACGAGCGCGUCUGCUGAUGCUUCGAAGUUGUGA